AUGCGAGGCACGACUGCUGGCCUGUGUGCCACGGCAGUCUUCCUGGGAGCGCUGGCCGCACCGCCCAGUCAGAUACUCUUGGGUGAGCAUGAUCAAGUGCCAGGCAUAGUUGUGCCGCUGGAACAGGUCGAGAAGAAGCGACCUUUACAUGGCCGCUUUCUCCAAAUCACAGACUUCCACCCCGACCGCUUCUAUCAGAUCUACUCAUCCACCGACGAAGACUCAGCAUGCCACCGAGGAAAGGGACCGGCAGGCAUCUAUGGCGCAGAGACGAGCGAGUGCGACAGUCCGAUCGCCUUGGUCAACAAGACGAUGGAGUGGGUCGCGAAGGAGUUCAAGGACAACAUAGACUUCGUCAUCUGGACCGGCGAUUCCGCUCGUCACGACAACGACAAUGAGAUACCUCGGACGAAAGAGCAGGUUCUGGGACUCAAUCGUUUCAUGGUGGAGAAGAUGGCAGAAGUGUUCGGCAAGCACAAUGGUGACGAGGACGACGAAGACCCAAACAACGACUUCAUGAUCCCCGUCAUUCCAAACCUCGGCAACAACGAUAUCCUACCCCACAACAUCCUGGCCAAGGGCCCGAAUCAAUGGACUCGAACAUAUUCCAGCCUGUGGAGGCAGUUUAUCCCAGAGGUACAAAAGCACUCUUUCGAACAAGGGGGCUGGUUCUAUGUCGAGGUGAUUCCUCACAAGCUGGCCGUGUUCAGCUUGAAUACGCUCUACUUCUUCGGAAGCAACUCCGCCGCGGAUGGCUGCGCUGCUCGCUCGGAGCCAGGGUACCAGCAAAUGGAAUGGCUUCGUAUCCAGCUGCAAUUCAUGCGCGACCGAGGCAUGAAGGCUAUGUUGAUCGGGCACGUUCCUCCUGUGCGGCAAGACGCAAAGACUGCGUGGGAUGAGACAUGCUGGCAGAAGUACACACUCUGGCUGCGUCAAUACCGGGACGUGGUUGUGAGCAGUCACUACGGACACUUCAACUAUGACCACUUCAUGUUCCAGAACUUCAAGGACUUGGACAAGGACACGAAGAAAGGUCGAAUGCAAUACUUCCACACUGAAGACGUCCAAGACGAUAACAUGUCGGCACAAGUGAAGACUGACUAUUUCAUCCAGCUCCGUGAUGAGUGGUCGGAGCUGCCUGAGCCUCCAAAGGCCAGGUCGAGAUCCUGGCUCGACAUUGCGCUUGGUAGGAAGAAGGACAAGAAGGAUUUCAAGAGGAAGCAGAAGAAAUAUCUCAAGAAGAUCGGAGGAGAGUUUGCUGAGCGCUUUGCUGCAACAUUCGUCUCUGCGAGUGUCGUGCCGAACUUGUUCCCGACCAUGCGCGUGUACGAAUACAACACUACCGGACUGGGAGCCCACGCUGCCGAGUCGUCGGAUGUGCCAUCACCUGCACCGUUCACUUACGAUUCUGGCGACAUAGAGAUCGAGAAGAAAAAGAAGACGAAGAAGCACAAAUUCACAUUACCGGAAGCUCCGUCAAAAUCUACGCCUCCUGGCCCAGCAUAUUCGCCCCAGUCCUUCUCGCUGCUCAAGUAUACCCAAUACUUUGCCAAUCUGACCCACAUCAACAAUGACUUCCUCGGAACAACCGAUGAGCAAGAUCUCGAGGCCACGAAAUGGCAUGAAGGAAAGCAUAAAGGAAAGAAGCCUGAUGACAAAGGUCACAAGCCCAAGCCCAAGAAAUUUCGAUUCGAAAAGCUCUACGACACGCAGAAUGAUGAGAUAUAUAAGCUCGAUGAUCUGACGAUGCCCAGUCUGAUUGAUCUUGCAAGAAGGAUUGGCGAUUUUGUGCCUGAAGAGGAGGCUGACAAGAAGAAGCAUAAGCAUAAGCAUAAGCAUAAGAAGGGUAAGAAGAGGAAGGGUAUCCAUGGACACAGAAAGGAGAACGAAGCAUGGUUCACGUUUGUAAGAAGAGCGUAUGUCGGAACGAUGGACCCCGAAGACCUAGAUGAGGAAUUUGGUCGUUGA